AUGGCGGACGAAAAACACAUGUUCCAUCUUACAUGCGAUGAAACAACAAUCACGUUGGAAGAUGUGGAGCUAUUAUUGGGUUUACCCAUUAGCGGCCACGAAGUCAUCAGGCAGACUUCCAACUUAGGAAGUGUUGUUUGUGCAGAGUUGCUCGAAGUGGUCCCAUCGGCGGAUCAAAGGAAAGGUCAGAGUAUAACUCUAACAUGGCUUGAGGAAACAUUUAGCAUAUUGCCAUACGAUGUAGGUCAACGAGAGAUAGAAUGUUAUGCACAUGCCUAUAUCCUAAGGCUUAUCAGUAGUGUCCUCAUGCUAGAUAUGUCUCAGAACAGCGUUCAUCUGAAGUGGUUACCACUUCUGAGGGAUUUUACAGAAGCAGGAAGAUACAGUCGGGGUUCAGUAUUUCUAGCAACCUUGUGGGCACACAUUGAAGUGGAUGACGAUAGCCACAACAAUAAGCACAAUGUGAAGCCACCUGCUAAUCGCCGUUGUUGCACUGUUCUGGUCGCCGUGUUCACCGUUGAUGCCGCCGGCGUGAUUGAACGGCUAAGAUAA